AUGACUCCUCUGCUACGCUCUUCCGCCUCACGCUCCUGGCGACCGCAGUCGUUAUCUUCAAUAUGUGCGUCUCGUCUCGUACGCGCCCGCUUCCUGGCCACGACGUCUGCGACACAUGAAACCAAACCUUACUAUGUCACCACUCCCAUCUUCUACGUCAAUGCCGCCCCUCAUGCUGGCCAUCUAUACACAAUGGUCCUUGCCGAUGUCCUGAAACGAUGGCAGGUACUCAAAGGGAGGAAAGCAGUCCUGUUAACUGGCACCGACGAGCAUGGAAUGAAGAUUCAACAAGCCUCAGCAAAAGCCGGAAGCGAUCCAAAGCCUUUCUGCGACAAGGGUGCCGACAUCUUCAAGAACCUGGCUGCAAGAGCCGAGCUCAGCAACGACCACUUCAUCCGGACUACAGAUCCGGACCACAAAGAGGCCGUCGAAUACGCCUGGCAUUUGUUGAAUGAGCGAGGAUAUAUCUAUCAAUCCAAACACGAAGGUUGGUACUCGGUCAGCGACGAGACCUUCUACCCCGAAUCUCAAGUCCAUCUUGUGCUGGACCCUCCUACCGGAAGAAAGGUCAUGGCCUCGAUUGAGACUGGCAAAGAAGUCGAAUGGACCUCCGAGAUCAACUACCAUUUCCGACUCUCUGCUUUCCGUGACAAACUCCUAGCAUACUAUGCUGAGAACCCUGAAUGGAUCACUCCUCAGGCUAAGAUGAAGGAGAUUGUGUCUGCUGUAUCUGCUGGUCUUGAAGACCUGUCCAUUUCGCGUCCGUCUUCAAGAUUGACAUGGGGCAUUCGCGUGCCCACUGAUCCUACACAAACGAUCUAUGUCUGGUUAGACGCCCUGAUCAACUACGCGACAGCAGCUGGGUAUCCCUGGGCACCAGGCUCGGAACACACUGGCGGCUGGCCCGCUGAUGUGCAAAUCAUUGGCAAGGACAUUCUUCGCUUCCAUUGCAUCUACUGGCCUGCCUUCCUGAUGGCCCUUGACCUUCCUUUGCCAAAGCGUUUCCUAACACACGCUCACUGGACACUCGGCAAGCAAAAAAUGGCAAAGAGUACUGGCAAUGUUGUGAAUCCCUUUUUCGCUCUUGAUCGUUUUGGCACCGACACGAUGCGCUACUACAUGAUUCACGACGGCGGCAUCGAUAAUGACGCAGAUUACGACAACAUACACAUUAUUGAACGCUACAAGAAGGGUCUCCAAGGAGGUAUUGGAAACUUGACUGCCCGGAUCACUCGCGGAAAAGGUUGGAACGUUAGACGUGCUAUUGAAAGAUUUUCCGGUGACUACAAAUCUGCUUCGCCGUUUGGUCAAGGACAUGCUCGCGAAGCUGCGAUUGCAGAAUUCGAACAGCUACUUGUGGAAUUCCCACAAGCCGUGAACAGUCGCAUGGAAGCAUUGCGACCGAAUCUUGCUCUCAAGGGUCUGAUGGAUAACAUCUACGCGGCAAACGCUUUCUUGCAAUCACAAGCUCCGUGGGAUAUUGCCGCAGGGCUCAAGAAGGGAGAAUUGGUGCCCAACGCUUCAUCUAAAGAGGAUGCCGAACUUCAAAUGGACUACAUCAUCUUUUUGAGCACGGAGAUCUUGCGUCUUGCUGGCAUCAUGCUUCAGCCAGUCAUGCCUGCAAAGGCUAAGCAACUACUUGAUAUGCUUGGAGUUGCAGAUGAUAGAAGAGGUUUUGCAGAUGCCCAGCUAGGUGUGGACAAGGAUUAUGGCGUGUCUCGAGUACCACAGGGUAAAGGACAAGCAGGAGUUCUGUUUGCACCCCUGAUGAGCGAUUCUUAG